AUGGUAUAUCUCGUCAUCUCAACCUCGCCAUUUCAAUGCCAAGUCUCCGAUCUUCUUCCAUGCAACAACAAUGGCAAGUCUUCACUACUUCACACAAUGCUGGAAGCUUAUGAUCUCUUAAGACAUUUCGAUCAGAUCAUAGAGCUACCAACCUGUUCUGCUACAGAUCUACGUCAGUUCCACUCGAAAGACUAUUUGGAUCACCUUCUGAACCCCAGGUUUAAUGAUCAAGCGAACCUGAACGGGGAGGAUGAGGACCACAAUGUUCAAGCAAUUGCAGAGAGGGCUGCCGAUUGGCUUGAGAUGAAAACAAACUUGCCAAAAGAUAAUUCACCGUGGUUUGACUCGAAGACUAAGUUAUAUCAAUAUUAUUUAAAGAAUGCUCAAGCUGGACUCGAAGUUGAGGGACGCAAGCGGAGAGGUUUGCUGCGAGACCUAUUGGAUCCCGAAGGCCCAGAGAGUCGCGUCGAGGAAGAAGAAGAAGAAGAAGAAGAAGAAGAAGAAGACAUUAAUUCCAAGAAUUCGCUUGAAAUGCUAAAAUAUGGUCUCUCUCACGAUUGCCCUGUUUUCCGAUAUUUGCCAAUGUACUGCCAUGUUGUCACGGGCGCUACACUAGCACUUGCUAAGAAUGCUUCUUCUCAGAGGGAACGUACUAUUUCAAUCAAUUGGGAUGGGGGCAGACACCAUGCAUUAAAGUCCAAAGCUAGCGGCUUCUGCUACGUAAACGACAUUGCACUGUUGAUUACGAAACUGAGAAGACUUGGUAUCGGGGCCGUGAGCUAUGUCGAUUUUGACCUACACCAUGGAGAUGGCGUUGAGCGUGCGUUCCAGUAUUCUGCAAACGUCCAGACUAUAUCUGUUCAUUUACUAGAGCCCGGAUUCUUCCCAGGAUCAGGCUUUUUGAAAGACACACUCCGAGGAAAGAAUAUAGUUAACCUCCCUGUCCUACAUGGCUUUGAUGACAGUAUCCUUGAAGAGCUUGUUCGAAGAGUUAUCUUGCCCUCUGUUCGAAGUCACAACCCCAAGGUCAUUGUCAUUCAAUGUGGCGCAGAUGGCUUGAUGGGCGACAAAUUCGCAGAGUGGCAACUGACUAUCAGAGGACUUGCCGAAAACAUACUGACAAUUAUACGGAAUUUUCCCAACGCCAAUAUCGUGCUCCUGGGCGGCGGGGGCUACAAUGAGAAAUUGGCCAGCAGAUUUUACACUUUUUUGACCUGGAAAGUUUUGUCGGAGUUUUCUUAUGAAUAUCGAAGCCCAAGCCCUUUUGAUAAUUUGGAAGACGUUAUCCCUGACCAUGAGUUUUUAGAGCUCUAUAAGGAUGAGUUUUACAAGUUUUGGUAUUAUGACACCGAAGGGUGUCAAACUACGUUUCUCAAAAAUGACAACACUGAUGCUCGCAUGGAGAAAUUGGUCCAGUUUUAUGACGCUCAGAGAGCAUUGUGA